UUGAUACCAAAGGGUCUAGCCCAGGCAUGGGCACGAAACCGGCUCAAAGAGCGCGUCUGACAGCGACACUGUUUUGGGAGCGCGUUUACUCUACUGAUUCGCUCUUUCGAGGUGGUGGGGCAGCAUUGUAGGAGAAAUCGAGCUGCGGCGGUCGAGGUGACGGAGAUAUGAAUGUGUGGUACGAAUACGCGGCAUGAUUACACGACAGAAUAUUCGAAACGUAAAGCAAUGGGCAUUUAAAUAAUGUAAUGUUUAAUUAUAUCAAGUUUAAUUAUAAUUAUUUUUAUAUUUAAAUGUAGAAUAAUAUUUCACGAACUGUUACUUUCUUUAAGAGACGGAGAAAGGCUAGUUAUAAUGUCCCGGUUUAUAACGCUUACAAUUGCUUUCACGACCAUCGGAUUUGUACUAGGAAAAUGUGUCGAUGAAUAUUUUCCGGUUGAAGACGGCUGUAAAACAGCGUUCGCGGCGCAGGAGUCAUAAACCGUGCUAACCGUUAUAAACCAAUGUAGCGCCUACCAAAUUUACAACAGGACACUUCGGAAGGCAUACCGUUGGAAAUAUAAAUCAAUGUAUAAAAGUACCUCAUGUUCGCAUCCUCGUUCUUGUCCUUCACCUUUGCAGUUUUUUCGGAAGAAACGUGUAACAACCCCGUCACCAUGUCUAUUAACUCUACCGUGCUAACCGUUAUAAACCAAUGUAGCGCCUACCAAAUUUACAAAAGGACACUUCGGAAGGCAUACCGUUGGAAAUAUAAAUCAAUGUAUAAAAGUACCUCAUCCUCGUUCUUGUCCUUCACCUUUGCAGUUUUUUCGGAAGAAACGUGUAACAACCCCACCACCGUGUCUUUUAACUCCACCUUCAUUUCCCCAAAUUCUUGCAUUUGUAUCCUCCUCCACAAAAAUUUUCUCCAAUCACAAAUUCAUCCCCGGAAAACAGCAUUCUACGAACGAGUCUAACGAACCUCGGAAAACGCACCGAUUGCACAUUUUCCAAACAGCGAUCAGUGAGUUCAGUUAGCAAGCGAAGUAAAGUGCAGUGAGAUAAAGUGUUUUGGCGUUUUUGAUUUGUGUUACUAAGGAGUAAUUCCACCGUAAGUACAUAUUUACUGAUAUCUCUAGUAAGGUUCCUCAGUUCGUAAUGUUCCACAUUUUGCAUAGCAACUUAUUGAUUUGAUUAUGUUACUAUGUAGUGAUUAUAAAAGGUAUGGCCGGCCCGUCCGUACUGAAGCGGUCCACUUCUGGGGGGCAGUUCAACCCUCAGUGGGAACAGGAGUUCUUGUUUAUGGAACAUAAUAAUACGGCACUUUGUCUAAUCUGCCACAAACAGCUGAAUUCAAAUAAAAGAUUUAAUAUUCAGCGCCACUUCAACAACAAUCAUGAGGAGGAGAUUCGUCCUCUGAGUGCGGAAGAGAGGGCGGCAGAAGUGUCCUCCACAUUGGAGGAGCAGGCUGAAAAAAAUGCCUGCAAUAACCAAGUUGCUGUGCGCGCUAGUUUUAUGAUUGCACUGGAAAUAGCAAAAUCGACGUGCAGCUUCCAGGAUGGGGAAAUGAUACGGCGCUGCGUUUUGGCGGUGGUUGAGCAGGUUUGCCCCGAGAAAACGGAGUUAUGUAAAAGCAUUUCACUGUCGCGGCGAACAUUAACGCGACGAGUGGAAAUGAUGGCAGAGGACAGCUGCAAACAGCUGAGGCAUCGUUGCAGAAACUUCAACGAGCUCCCACAUACUUAA